UGGGACAUGUGGAUUUGGGAGCAGCAGAAGAAGAGGCAGCUAUUCGUCAACGCAACAACACUACCUCUAAGGAGUAAUUGUACAAUGAUAUACUGUCUGAAUAUAAACCUAGUGUACACAUAGUAUUACCAAGGGGAUGUCUGUAGAGUUUCCCUGUUUGUCGUUCCGCCAGCCGUAUGCUGGGCUAGUUCUAAACGGAGUGAAGACUGUGGAGACACGCUGGAGACCACUGCUGUCGGAGCUUGAGUGCCAGUCAAUAGCGAUCCACAUCGCGCAGCGGGACUGGGAGGGUGGCGACUGGGCCACGGUGCUGACCACGCUUGGGUGGAGCGGUGCUCAGAUAGACGCGCUCCUGGAGUCAGGAGAGAGGUUCGGCCGAGGCGUGGUGGCAGGUCUGGUGGAAGUAGGCGUAACCUGGCAGUGCCCCGCUGUCCUGCAAGAGGAGGACCUGCAGGAGUGGGAAAAAGCAGCUCUUCUGUUUGGUCUAGAAGAAAAACACCUGACCCGCCUGUCAAACCCUCAAUGGUUGGUGGAGCCGCUUUUCUGCCAUGGCAACAAGGACAUCUGGACUGUACAGAUACCGACACACCUACUGCCUAGCCCCUACCCAACUACCUAGCACUUAACCCUACCCAAAUGCUAAUACCCAACCCCAAAGGACAUCUCAAGGGGACCCACAUCUAUUGUAUGACAUUUGUUUAUGAUCAUUAUGUAUUAAAGUAUUUAAUCUAAUGUGAACUAGACAGUCCCUCCAGAAAGACGCGAUUAUGCGAUCGCAUAAUCAGCCAAAGUCUGCAUAUUCAUGCAUUUUUUUAAAUAUGCUGCACUUUCACCGCAUAAACUGUAGAUUUCCGCGCAAAAUAUGCGGGGCGUUCAUGAUUUCAUAAUCGCCGCAUUUUCGUUGCUAAGAAGUCUGUCUUAGAAAGUAGAAAAAUGUUGCGUUUACUUCACACGAGCAGCCAUUUCCCCCCGUUGCCAUGGGAACGUUAUGUAAUUACGAGACGUGAACAUCGAAAAGCUGCAUUUUUCGCAAGUUCCCGCAAUUUCACCGCAUAAAAUUGCAUAAAUAUUAGGGAUGCACGAUAUAUCGGCAGUGAUAUCGUUAUCGGCCGAUUUUAGUCCUUUAAAGGGGGCCUAUUAUGCUUUUCCGUUUCCGUAUUGGCAUCGGCCCGAUAAGUAAAACUGGUCCGAUAUUAACAGCCGAUAUUUAUUUCCGUCUAGUUGCCGUUGCGUGUGGUUUUUGCCCAUGCGCAGCUUGUUUGGUCAUGUGACAGUGUCAGUGACGCACGGAGAGGCAGUACAUGAGUGUUUGUCACCUUAACUGAAAAGAAUUAAUGUCGACGGGUUGGAUGUUUUUUACGGUCUCAAAGGAAGGUAAUCGAAUUGCAAUAUGCAGUACUUGCAAAGCCGAAGUAAUGCGCGGAGGAUGCCGUGUCAAAUCAUUCAACACCACUAGUGGUGCAACGGUUCACGGGUUUCCCGUGAUCCGUACGGAUCAACCCUCACGGUUCGGGACACAAGUGAUCCGCGGAUCGGCUGAUUAAAAAAAAAGUUGUGCGUUCACGUGAUUAGCGCAUGUUUAAAGGACAAUUCCGGUAGUAACAUCAAGUAUCGUAGCGAAAUACAGUUUGUUUUAUUUGGCGUUCCGUAAUCCCAUUGAAACGGAAACCGGAACCGGACAUGUUUAUAUUUGGUUGUAGUCUUUUCACUCGGUUCUCCGGAUCAACAGUAGGGCUAGAACCGAGUGAAAAGACUACAACCAACCUCCCUUGAUAUAUUUGAUUUAGUCCAUUUCACAGAUUUGAGUUGAAAUUGACUUAAACUUGAAACACUUUUUGUAAUUUAUAAGACAAGUGUCUGGUUUCCAUGAAUAUUGGCAAAUUUGAUUUAAGUUAUAAACCUUGUCAAGAUAUUUUGAUUUGUGAUCCAAACUUUUUUAUAGAUGCAAGUUGUAAAAGUAGCCUAAAACUAACACUGUUAGUAACUUGUGUUUGUUAUGGAUGCCCUGUAACUUGAAACAAUGUAUUUCGAAGUUUUGGAAAAUAAAGAAAGAAAUAACUUUCAUAUUCA